AUGUCCCCAUGCGCCAUUGUCCCCAUUGUCUUUGUCCUCCCUGUUCCCCCCAUUUUGGGGAGCACCUUCGAGCAGGUCUUCUCGGCGCCCGCCCUGCGCCCGCUGCCCUGGCUGGUCCUGGCCGGGAACCACGACCACGCCGGGAACGUCACCGCGCAGGUGGCCUAUUCGCAGCUGUCCCCACGCUGGCACUUCCCGCACCCCUACUACAGCGUGCGCUGGGCGCUGCCGGGCGCCAACGUCACCGCGCGGCUGCUGGUGCUGGACACGGUGCUGCUGUGCGGGGACAGCGACGAUGGCGACGUGGGUGACACGGCGUCACCGCGGGGGCCCCGGCGUCCGGGCGCGGCGGCCGCGCAGCUGCGGUGGCUGCGGCGGCGCCUGGCAGCCGCGGGGGACACCCGGUACCUGCUGGUGGCCGGACACUACCCGCUGUGGUCAGCGGGCGAGCACGGCCCGACCCAGUGCCUGGUGCGGGAGCUGCGGCCGCUGCUGCAGCAGCACCGCGUGAGCGCCUACCUGAGCGGGCACGACCACAACGUGCAGUUCCUGCAGGACGAGGGGGUCGCCUACGUGGUGAGCGGCGCGGGGAACUUCAUGGUGCCGUCGCGGCGCCACGCGGGCGCCGUCCCCCCCGGCGCCCUGCGCUUCCUCUUCGGGGACCCCGCGUCGCCCGGCGCCUUCGCCCACGUGCGCCUGGACGCGGCCGCCAUGACCGUCACCUUCCUGGAGGCCACCGGCCGCCUGCUCUACCGCGUGGCCCUGCCCCCCCGCACGCCCUGAGCGACCGCGGGGACCGGGGGACCCCCGGGGA